AUGCAAGAGCGCAUCGAGGGCCUUGGAGGAGACGAGCAGCUCCUCGGUGCGCUGCUCCGUCUAUACACUGCGGCCAGGCACCUUCAUGAAGCGACGCAGCCUAAUGCGGCAGUUGCACCAGAAUCCAAGAGCAAUGAGUGCGUCAUCCCGCUGCAAUUGCAGCCGCGGCAACACCCCUUUCCCGAUUUGCACCGGCUCGUGGUGUCUAAGCAGUCCAUAUCGCUGCUGUUACACCAGGCGGUGCGCUGGUGCUCAAGCCAUGGCGUGCUAAUGGACCAGCAACAGCAGCACCAACUGCAGCAGCAAAAGCAGCAGCAACUAUGCAGCGCAGAGCCUCUAAAGCUCCAGUUGGCUCCUUUUUGCGUUCUUCCUUCCCCCUUUCCGUAUAGUCGCUAUGCACAGGCGGUGUCUGUGGGUGUCCACUUCAACGUGUUGAUAGACAACAUUACCAAGGACCCACUAUGGCUGCAGCAGCACCUGCAGCGUGCUGCCGCAUGCGACAGCUUCCUCUCCUCUCUCUUGGGCAUUAUGCAGCGGGUGUAUAUGGGAGAUGGCUGCGGCAGCGUACCUCCGCGGCGCAUAGAUCAGGAUAUUCGACUGCACCUUUUGAGGGCAGACUACAUGCUAGACACGUCUGAGGGAGACUUCCCGGAGGAGGAGGAGGACGCAAGAGCCUCAAAAGACGUUGAAGGAUGGCCGCUGAGGCUCGUGGAGGUAAACACCAUUGCGGUCUCUUUCGCAGGCUUAGGCAAGCGAAUUUCUCAGCUGCACGCGCAUCUCGUGCGGCAGCUGGCUGCCUCGACGGAGGUGACUCGUGGCCUCUUGCCCGAUACGAGGCUCUUGGAGGGGGCCCCUUCAGACUCCGUCGUGUGCCCCGAGAAUAACCCCGUAAGAGACAUGGCCAGAGCUGUUUCUGCCGCACAUUCUGCGUAUGUCCAGCGUCAGAAGCAUAACCAGCAGUUGCAGUUUCAGCAGCAGUUGCAGUUGCAGCAGUUCCCUGUGGUGAUGCUAAUGGUGUCUUUGGAGGGGGAGUUGAACGUGUAUGAUCAGCUGAUGUUGCAGGAGGCUAUUGAGACAGCGAGCGGUGCGCAGUUGCUUCGCGUAUCUCCCCAGCAGCUCUAUGACUUGUGGCAGCAGAAGCAGCUGGUGCUGCUGCAUGCCGAUGGGAUCGCAACAACAGGAGUAUCUCAACUGCCGAGGCCCUCGCGAGCAGGCCGGCUAUUGCUGCGCGUGACUGGCUCCCCCUGUCAAGCGUGCAUGCGCUGCCACACCUGCUGCUGCUGCUCUGGCGGUGUCAUCCAGGAGCCGCCAGUCCAGCAGCAGCAGGCCUCUGGUGUGGAAUGCCUCUGCGGUGUCUGCGAAGUGUCUCUUGUGCUGUUGCGAUCUCUUUAUGACCCGGCGCACUUCUGCCACGAGGGCAUUUGGCUGUUGCGGGAGAUCUUGGAGCUGUCGGACGCCGUCAAAGUGCCUUCCGUGCCUGCGCAGCUCGCUGGUACCAAGAAAGUGCAGCAGUUAUUCAGUCCAGACACGCGGGUGUCUGCGCAGCUCAAGCAGCGGCACCAGCACCCUUUGCAAGGGUCAGAUGCAGCUCCAACCGAAGACGUCCUUGAGCGUUUCUUACCGGACGCUGCAGCGAGGGCUGCUUUGCAGGCCGUGUUGCAGCCGCAUGUGGACCCUGCAGAUGCGCCGUGUGCAGCAACACCAACGCAUUCGGCAAUAACAGCUCUGGAGGCUUCGACUGUAGCGAUGCUCGAAGACGCCGUUGCAAAUCCUUUACUGUACCUGCUGAAGCCGCAACGGGAGGGUGGCGGCAACAACAUAUACGGGCAGCAGCUGCAGCGCAUGUUGCAGCAACACCUUGAUGCGAAAACAGACGCAGACAGACUCGGCUCGUGUGUCCUGGUGCGGCGCAUGCUUCCACCUGUCCUUCCUUCAUUGCUGACUCGAUCGCAUGCAGCUGCAGAGACCCUGGAGAAAGGGGCCCUCCCUCCCGUGGAAUGCUCCCUUGUGGCGUCCGUUGGGGAGCUUGGCGUCUUUAGUGCAUUCCUCUUCUGUGGUCAGCAGCACCAACACCAUUGCACUCAGCAGCAGCAACAGCAGGGCAGCAGCAGUUGCAGCAAUCUGAACGUGUGCUGCGGGACGCUGCUGAGGACAAAGGCUGCCACAGCGCAGGAGGGAGGUGUUGCUGCAGGCUAUGGACGCAUUGACUCGCCUCUUCUCUUUAGGGGUGCUCCCGCGUGGGCUGUGGUGAAGCGUCUGCAGCAACUGGCGACUGUGUUGGACUAA